CCCACAGAGGUAAGACCGGAGGACAGUCACUUUACCAGGGACACGAAGGAGGGUAAACCCGCCUGAACUCACUUUAUGCACUUUAAUAUCUGUGACAUACUUUCUUGAAAUACAUUUGAUGUUAUCGAAUGAUUAUACACUUUCUAGAUGCGCCACUCGUGCGUAAAACCCCGGCACCAUCUUUAGAGCGCACAGCACCGAGAGGAGACACCACUACCCAAACCAUAAAUAACCAUCAUAAACAUUAUUGUGGACACGUUCAACCUUUAAAAACUGUUUAAAAAAACAUUUGAAAUAUUCACCACCGGAGGAGGAGAGAAUCAGAGGCGGAAGGAAAGAAUGUCUUGUUUGAGGACGAUCGCAACAUCGGAAGACAGGAUGUGAUUUUCUUUCUUUCUUAAAGGAAAAGUUGAGGAAAAAAAACCCGAGUGGAGACAAAGUGUCAAAUGUUUUUAAAGAACUGGAAAAUCAACCCUGAAAAAAAACUGAUAGAGGACCGCUCAUUUAGUGAGCAUGAAGCAGGGCGUCUGGAGCGUUUUCACAUCAAACAGAUCCACAUUUUACCGCGGACGAACUCUCCUAGAUUGAGACUUUUUCGGAAGAAAAUCCAUCUGACAGCAUUAUUAUUGAUGCAUAUGAUUUCCUUACAUCACUAUGUAAGUGCCUGUACAGUAAGUGGGGGAGGUAAGAGUGCAUGGUAACAGUUUAAAUAAUUCUUACAUGUUCUCUCUUUUUUGUAACAUCCCAGAAACUGAACCAACAGUGAAAUUACUGACCCUAAAUUAACUAGUGGACCUCCUGUGCUCAGUGAGCUGCUGGUGGUCCAUGGACCUCAGAUUGGGAACUGCUCCAAAUACUGGUCUCUUCUCUGUUGUCUGCUAGUGGUCAGAGGCUGAGCUCCACUCCAGUAAUGUAAUGGAGGGUAAUCUCACUUUAACUUAAUAUUUUUGUUUGCUGAAUUGUGCAUAGUCAACUUUUUAGGCUCAGUGACAAUUAACUAUGCGAGAAGAUGUAUUCAAAUGAAGACAAAGACACUUAUAUUUCUCUAAAAAAUGAACUAAUAAUGUAUUUAAAACAAGUGGAAAUUUGUCUCACAAUGCUCAGUGACUCUUAGUUUGCCGACUUCCAUCUCACGUUCUCUUCAAACAUGGAGAAUGUGUCUAUCCCCAGAAGUGCACCGCGGUCUGCAACGACUCUAUGGACUUCAGCUCCCUCACGUCAGAGAACCGCACUGACCUGAACUGCACUCCUCCCUCUGAGUUUUACUUCUACGCUGACCUCUACGUCAUUUUACCAGUCAUCUACUCUGUAAUCUGUGCAGUGGGACUGACAGGUAACACGGCUGUCAUAUAUGUGAUCCUCAAAGCCCCCAAGAUGAAAACAGUAACCAAUAUGUUUAUCCUGAACUUGGCCAUCGCUGAUGAUUUGUUCACUUUGGUGUUGCCGAUCAAUAUAGCCGAACACUUGCUGCACUACUGGCCUUUUGGAGAGGUUUUGUGCAAAGUCAUCCUUAGCAUAGACCACUACAACAUCUUCUCCAGUAUCUAUUUCCUGACAGUUAUGAGCAUUGACCGCUAUCUGGUGGUUUUGGCCACGGUGAGGUCCAAGCGCAUGCCUUACCGCACAUACCGAGCGGCAAAAAUCAUCUCAUUUUGUGUCUGGAUCCUCGUUAUCCUCAUUGUCAUGCCUUUCACUGUUUUCGCUGGUGUCUACGUCGACCCAAAUGAUGGGAGGAAGAGCUGCGUUCUCAGCUUCCCCAGCCCUGAGAGGUUGUGGUUCAAAGCGAGCCGGAUCUACACGCUCAUCCUGGGCUUCGCCAUCCCGGUCUCAACCAUCUGUAUCUUAUACACCAUGAUGCUCUACAAGCUGAGGAACAUGCGGCUCAACAGCAAUGCCAAGGCGCUGGACAAGGCCAAGAAGAAAGUCACCAUCAUGGUGUUUAUUGUCUUGGCCGUCUGCUUGUUCUGCUGGACGCCAUUCCACCUCAGCACCAUCGUGGCUCUGACGACGGACCUGAGGACCACGCCGCUGCUGAUUGGGAUCUCCUACUUCAUAACCAGCCUGAGCUAUGCCAACUCCUGCCUCAACCCGUUCCUCUACGCCUUCCUGGACGACAGCUUCAGGAAAGCUUUCAAAAAGAUGUUGGAAUGUAGACCGGCCUGAAUGUACGAUAGUACGACACAUGAAUCCUGUCUCAGAGGUCUACAGAGACUUACUGAGUGAGGACAGACUGUGAUGGAAAAUGGGAUGGGAGAGGUUGACUUAAACUUUAGGUUCAAAUCUGAAUUCUGCUUUGAUUUGAUUGAUUGGUUUGUUAAAGCUGCACUAGGCAAUUUUGCACAAUGUUUGCACGAUAUAUUUUAUUUAUCUUUAAUAUAUAGAAAACAUGUAAAAUUAUGUCUGUAAACUGCACGCAACACUCUUAAUGUGACAAAGCCCGUCUAUAAAUGCUUUACACUACAGUAAACCAAACUGAUGAGAGAGGAAAAACAUCAGAACGUUCGCGAGUCCAGCUUCGUGUAGGCAGAGAGUUGUCACUUUUGAGUUUAAAUUCAUCACUUCCUGUGUGUGGAGAAGAUCUCGUGUCAGCACACGUCAGUCUAAAGCCUUUCAUGAGGGACAGAAUAGCAUUCCUUGUCGCAGAAUUUGCCUAGUGCAGCUUUGUAUGGCUCUGAGAACGUUGACAGAAAUGGGCAAUAUUGCUUGCUAUAGGGAAUGAUAACAGUUGAUUUACAGGACAAUAAUGUCAUUAAAAAAAACAACAGCUUGUUAUAGUGUAACUGUUGGCAGAAUUGCCCAUCAUCAUCAUUGUGUCUGAAGAACUGGCCGUGAAAUCUGAUUGUUUUCCAGGUUAAGACAAUUAAAAUGUCAGACUUUUUCCAUGACGGUAAAAAAGCCAAUUAUCGGGCAUCGUGCUGAGAUGGGUCACUGACAACAGUCAUGACCUUCACUGGAGGCCGUCUGAACUCAGAGGACCUGAGGAACGGCUCUGAGGGGUCGAACAUCUGCUAUGUGGAAAAAAAAAAUACAGUUCAACACAGUGUCACUGAUUUGCAUGCUGUAAAUCAAAUCAAGGUCAUGAGAAUAGUCAGGGUUUGAGGGUAACAGGAUGCAUGACAGGUAUUUCUUUGUGUUAAAUUGUUUUUUGUUAUCCAUUCCAAAAACUGGAGGGAAGUACUUUUUAUAAUCAAAACUAGUGGGAUGACUUGAGAAAUAUUGUGUGAUUUUUUUUGAGCAAAGUGAUCUCAAAGGGACCAAAUUAUACAUUUUGUGGAUUAGAGUUCUGUUUGUCGGAUAAACAAGCAGGUUACAGAGAUCCACUUGCCAAAUAUGACCCGAACAAUGAAAAAGUUCGGGAGUCUUUAAUGAUGUGAUGGCACUGUUUGGAUGAAGAAUGAAGUUCUGGUACACGUUGUUUUUCCUGAAUGUAUAUGUACCAUUUAAGAAAAGAAAAAGGAACCUUACCAACCCUGACAGCAGUACUGUAGGCCUGAUAUGAGACAGGCAUGGGACAGGAGGGCUAUGUAAAAUGUAAUCUGCGUUUCUCUUCACGUCGAUAUUUUUUGUGAGCUUUUGUUGCCCCCUGUUGUCAACAGGGCAGUGUUACCUGAAAAUGCAGCCAGAGCCAUUUACAGACUUUGUGCAGACACUAUUGAGGGGAGUUACACAUUUUCACACAACUUGUUCCAGUGUCUCUACAUUUAUAAAGAUUAUGUACAGUUUUUCUUUUCACUUAUUGAUAUUUGUGAAUAGCAACUUACGCGUCAUGUUAAUUCUCAGUUGUAAAGAUUUUUAAGAUUAUUUUUAGCAUCUAUCUCCAUUUAGUGUCCUUGGAUUACAGUUAAGUUUAUUUUGUACAGUUAAAAUCAUGAGGACAUUGAAAACAUUAUGUAUUGUAGUAUGUGCACAGAGAGGGGAAAAAACCAGAGGGGCUUAUUUGAGGCAUCACUAUGUAAAAUCAUGAUAUAAAUCAAAGAAGAUACAUGUAGGUAAGAAAAAACAUUUUUAAUAUCUACUGUAAGAUUUUAAAUUAUUUGAUAAGAUAAUUUAUUUGAUAUGGUAUUCCUAAAUUUGGUAGUUUGCAGGAUAUAUGUAGAACUUGUUGACUUGAUGCAUUUGUUUGAUGUAUUCUUAAAUAAUGAGUUAAUAGUUUAACCAUCAUUACUAUGUAAUAUGUUUGGAGCUUCCUCCAAGUGCUUAAAAAUUGCACACAAAAGAAUGUCAUGCUCAAAUUUACAAAAACUGUUUAAAUACUGGGGCGGUGAGACAUUUGAGAGGUAAAACAGGGUUCUGGACAAGAAAAGAUUUAUAUUUAUCUCACUAUUUCCCACCAUUGUUGCUGCUGCCCUCUACAGUUUCUAAAACUAAAAAAGGAAGGCUUAAUGUGACACGAUGACAAUUCGAACUUCACUUAACCAGUUUUUCUGAUUGAAGGGCAAAACAUCAUUUCUCAAAACACUUCUUUAUGUACAUGAUGCCAGUUUGCAACAUUUACUCAGCAGUAACAAACACACUACAUCCUGCUUACCUGCUAGCCAUAUAAACUUAAUUUCAACUGUAGAUUUACAUACAUUUAAAUAGAAAAAGGUUUUUUUUUUUUAAACAUUUUGUUUCUGCUUGUUCCAGCCCUUCAGAAACACUCUGAGUGUGUGUCAAUAUGUGUAAUUUUACACACAUUUCUCCAAAACGUAGCUUAUAUAUUUGGUAUCUUUGGUCAUUUGAGAUCUCUAUUAGAUUAAAACAUUCUGAAAAUAAAUUAGGUCUGAGUUCUGAAGCUUGACCAAACAACACAAGUUUGUAAAGAAGGAUCAACAGAGUCCAUCAGUCAAGUAGAGUUAAAGAGGUUAUACAAUGUCUUCGUAUGUUCACUGAUCCUGCAUUCAUUUUCUGUUAGAGGUUUGUCUUCGGUGCUGUACAUUUAACAGUACAGAAUAUUAUGUAACAACAGACUUUACUUCUUUGAAUGUUUUUGAAUUUUACACGCUAUGCUCUUUUACAUGUUGUACAUCAUCACACACAAUGCCAAUGUAACUCCUUUCAGCCUCUGAUGGCUAUAAAUUCAGCAAAACGUUUUUUCUCCAACACUUCCUGUUGAAGCUGACAUCAGCAUGCUUUACCAAGCAUGUGAAAAAUAAUCAGCAUCUACAAAGGCUUCGUCUGUAUGGCUCUGACUGCAACAACUAACUAUUCUAUAUGUCCUGCUGUAAAUAGUUCAGUCUUUUUUGCCAUUUAAAUGUACAGAGAAAUGUAUAGUCAAAGUAAUGUACAGUCAAAUAUUCUUCAAAUUAAAACUUGUCACACAAAUGAGAAAUUAUGUAAAAUUUGAGUUGAAGAUUAUAAAUCAUUCUCUUGUAUGCAGCCUGUGAUGAGAAUCAUGACAUCUCAUGUCAUUUAUUUGUGUAUUUUACAAAUCUUUCAUGUCUGUCAAUACCCGCUAAUGAGUUGGAAAUACGUUUAUUUUCCCACUGGUACUCAAUAAAUGUGUAGAAAUUUGUUUUCA